UAUACAUGUGUUUGUUGAUAGCUACACAUGUCCAUUCCAUUCAUUCUUUUCCCCGCCGGAUAACAGGCCAUCGUUAUAACAGAAAACGUGGCCAUGUUCACAGAUUUAGAGUUUGAUAAAGUGUGCAGGGAACUGGAACACCCCUACCUGCCGGAGUCGGAAGGUUGGGAGUUCUUUGUCGAGUCACAUGAUGUGACAAUUUACAGACAAUAUAACAAGGUGUCAGGUUUAUAUCAAUACAAGAUAUUUGGUGAGUUGAAGGAUGUCAACCCUGAUGUGUGUGCACAGGUGUAUAUGGAUACUGAGUAUAGGAAGAUAUGGGACACUUAUGUGAAUGAUUUACGUGAAAUAGAGGAAGGAAUAAACAAGGGUAUUUACUGGCAGAUUAAUUUCCCUUUCAUGAUGUCAAACAGAGAUUAUGUGUACAUGAGAGAGCUCAGAGAGGUGGACAUGGACAGUAAACACAUCUACUGUGUGUUAGCUAAGAGUGCCAACUUUAACUGCUGUCCAGAAAUACCAGGCGUAAUACGAGUGGAUGACUAUUUCCAGAGCUCUGCUCUCACCUCAAAUGGCGCUGGAGGUACAAAAGCUUUUAUGCAUUAUUACGACAAUCCCAAGGGAAUGAUUCCAACGUGGCUGAUCAAUUGGGGGGCUAAGACUGGAGUACCUCAGUUCUUGACACAGAUGCAGUCAGCUUGUAGAGGUUACCCAGAUUAUCUGAGGACAAAACAGCAGUCUUGAUUUAAGCCAAUUUUAUCAUUUUAGAAAAUUAUUUGUACGCAUCACACAAUUCAUUUUUUGCCACAUUAUGUACGUAGCUGAAGGUUUUAUACAUUCCAUGCUUGUUCAGUCUGUAUGAAUGUGCAUAUUUAGGGUUAUAUAUUUCAUUUUUUUCGUAACGACGAUCAAUUGAAACACAGUGCACAGGCAGACUAUUGAAGAAUUAAAUGAUACAGCAAACUUAAAGGCUGUUACAGUUGGUGGGUGGUUCCUUUGAAGGGAAAGAAGACAUGUUUAAAGGGCCAUGUUAACUUCUUAUUGAUAGCUAUCAUGUCUGUAACAUGUCAUGUGUAAAACAUUUUAAGAAUUGAUGGUGAAAAGCAUUGAAAUAUUUUUAUUCUCAUUUUUUGCUGGAGGUGUAUAUUGGUGACAAAAAUAUCAUUGACAUUGUGAUUAUAUAUUCCUCAUGUUAUUUAUAAUUUUUUCAUGAUUUGUAUUGAUUUCUGUGUCUUGCUAUAUGAAUAUACAUUGUAUUUAUAUUUAUGUCUAGUAAUUCUUUCACUCAGUACGUGUGUUUUUACAUAACAAAAACUAGUGCUUCAAAUAAGAAUUAACCUUUAUUUCUAGUCAAAAUUAUACCUGUGUGCAAUACUUUGAGCAAUGAGAUUUAUAGAUCAUAAGUGAAAAUUAUCAAACACAAGCCGAAAAACUUUAUUGCCAUUAGCUUUCAGCCAACCUGGACGAAGGCCUUCAUCAGACUGCUGUGAGUAGAUGUUCAGACUCACUGACCACUAGGUGGUAUAGCGGCCAAGGCCCACUUAUUCUUAUUAUUAUUAAUCUGGUAGAUUUACUCACCCCUCCCUAUUCAUGGGUGGCUGGUGAUGGCUGAUGUAGGUAGCCUCUCAUAUCUUGCAUGGGGUGUCAGAUGACUCGGAUUCAAGGGUCUUGGUUGAAUUCCAGUUAAUAUUGUGGCAGGUGUCUAUUAAAUGUUCAGAAAUGGCAGACCAGGUAUUGCUUACAGUCACCGAUUUUUCAUUAACUCUGGUCUUCAACUGUCUUCGGUAUGGAUAUUUUUGGCUUGUGUUUCAUAAUUUUCAUUGAUGAGCUAAUGAACAUUUUGCUCAUUUACGAGAUUUAUAGACGUUUUGUAAAAUAUUGGAAUUUGAUUCAUUUUAAAAUUCUAAAAAUUAAUAAACAUAGUAGCACAUGCUGUAAGUUUAUGUUUGUUAUUUUGUCUUCUGUCGAAAUAACAUCUUUUUCUCAUCUAAAACAGUUCAAUUGCAAUUGACAAGCAAAGACUAUUGAAACUGUCAAGUAAGACAUAUAUACUCAGUGUACAUGUACGUGAAAUAUAAGUUUAAAUGCGAGUGGGAGGUAAAAGUACUCUGCUAUCUAAAAUACAUUGUAGCACAAGAAAGAACAUUAAGAGA